AUUCAGAACGAUUGUGUGACGGUCGUGGACAUACAUAAUAUAUAAUUUGUUCGCGGAUUGUAAUCAAGUAAUGUUUAACCGUUUCGCAAUGGCGGUGCAAAGGAUCAAUAGAUUAACAAUUGUGGCGGCAAUAGUGGGUAUACUCGUUUCCACGUAUGCUUUGUAUGUGGAGUUGGUUGCGGAAGCCAACCCAACAUAUAAGGCUUUAUGUGAUAUUUCGGAACGCGCCAGCUGUUCAAAGGUGCUGACUUCUAAGUAUUCAAAAGGUUUCGGUUUCGCUGCGGAAGGCUCUGCGUUGAAGGUGCCUAACUGUGUUUACGGGAUUAUCUUUUAUUGUUUGAUGAUAUUCUUAAGUACCUUAAACCAUACAAUUGCUGGAAAUCUUCAGUUGCUUCUCUGUUCUACGUCUCUACUCACAUGCCUUUAUUUGGCAUACCUUCUUGCCUUUGUGCUAAAAGAUUUUUGUGUAGUAUGUGUUUCUACUUAUUUUGUAAAUAUCUCUAUUACAAUUUUGGUGUACAUGAAGCGUAAAAUUAUUAUGAACAAACAGAAAUAAGUAAAUAAGACUGGCACAGCUAGCGCCACCUAUGGGUGAAUAGCGGAACUUCAAGAAUGUGUAUUAAAUAUAGAUGGCAGUGUCAAGCAAUUUAUUUUUUUUCUAUUUAAUAUUGUUUAUUUUAUGGGACUACCAAUAAAUCUCAAUAAACGUUAUUAUGUA